UCUAAUUGGGCUGGGACGAAACACUGAUCUGCGAGGAAGUUUUAUUCGGCCCUCCUCGUCAUCAUCCUCGGAGUCCAGAAACCUUCACCAACAUGGCAACAUCGACCAUGGGCGCCGCCGCGGCCGAUCUCGAGGCGCGUCAGCUCCUCAUCCUCCGUCGCGUCGAAGACCUUGAGCUCGCUGCCCAGCAGCACCGUCUUGGGGCGCUCUCUCUCUCCGACGCCGAAGCGGAGGUGGAGGCGGGGGACACCGAGGAGCGGCUCUCGGCCCUCCUGGCCGCGCGCGGCGUGCACGACUUCGCCUUCCGGCGUGUUCCAGCGGACUACUACGACCGCCCUCUCGAGGAGCGCCGCGACCUCCUCGCCGCCGAUUCAGUUGCCCAGCUUUGCAAGAGCAUAGUGAUGGUGAAUACCAAAGCUGCUGCAGAUGUAGUUGACUGCAGUAACCCAAAGAAUUCUAAGUAUUACGUUGUUAUUGUUCAGUAUAUGGCACGGCUUAAUGCUGAAAACAUCAAGAACUUCCUGUAUACCCUAAAUGAGAGUCAGAUACCCAAAAAGAGAUUUAACAUGAGGCUCGCACCAGAAGAGGAGUCACUCAUGCUUACUGGGUUUGUGCACAAUGGUGUGACAUGCAUCGGAAUGAAAACAGACAUACCGGUUAUCAUAGAUGAAGCUAUCACCAAGUUGGAUGAGGAUUUCUUCUGGCUAGGUGGUGGAGAAGUUGACCUCAAGCUCGGGAUGCGGACCUCACAGUUCCUUAAUGCUUUCAAUCCAUUUGUGGUGAAGUGUAGUUAACGAGUGAUAACCAUACAACUUAACAGAAGCUUCAGAUCCAUGUGGUUCUAUGCGGCCUUGAUCAACGCACUGCCAGGGAGGUACACUAGGCUUUUGCUUGGAUCUGGGGUUAGGAUGUCUGUCUUUUUUGGAGCAGGCGUUUCCCUUCCAGUUGCGCUUCUCACAUUUUGUUACAUUAUUUACUGCCGAUUGUUGGUAAAAUUGAUGCAGCGGAGGGGACAUUCUUGGGAAGAUCGAUAUAAUUGCGGCAAGUGGGCUUAUACUAUUACUAAGCCCUUUGUAGUUUGGGCCUGAGAGUUGAAAACCAGUGUGAAGUGUGUAAGCCAGACAUCUGGCUGCGUCCCCUCAAAAGAAGAAAAGAAGUCUGGCAACAAAAACCAAAGUUUGUUUCUGUCUUGUUGUACUAGUACUCAACAUCUUUUCAAUGGAGCUUCUUAGCUGUUUUCAAGUA